AGCUACUCGGUCUGAUUUUCCUACCUACCAGCGCGUGUCACGACCUCAGGCGUCUCCUCCUCUCCACCUUCUCACCGGCUCGCCCUCCAGGCCUCCACCGUGCUCCUCCCAAGCUCCACCCCGCCGCCGCCCGCUCUUCCCAGCGCGCUGCCGCCCUGCUGCUCCGUCCCACCCAGCGGUCCGCUCUUACAUCUCCGCCGCUGAGCCGCCUUCCCCCGACGGCGGCACCAUUGGCGGCACGGCCGCGCGACGGUGGUCCAGCGCGGGCGACGACGGCGACAUGGUCGUGUAGCGGCGUCGCGGACCAUGCCAGCGGCCGUAUCCGCGGUUAGCAGAGGGAGAUCGAAGAUGAGGAAUACACAGCGAAAACCAUCUAUUCUCAACUUCGAUGCUGGAUGUGGAUCUUCCUUAUCUUUUAUUGUAAUGGGCUUGGUGGGAUGCACCCUCAUUGCCGGCCUAUUUUUCAUCAGCCAUCAAGUAAAAACUUGGCAUGCCCAUAGCUAUUCCAGCCAUCUGCCUGCCACCAGAGAAUUGGAAGAGGUUGAGGAAGAGCACUUUCGGUUGCCACCUCCUCACAAGGUGAAUCCUCGUGCAGUGAAACGUGCAGUCAAACGUCGGAGCUCUAGCAAGGUUGCAAAGAUCAUCGAUGAGUAUCUGGAUGGGUCCUCAGCAUUACAUGACAUGUUCUUUCCUGCUGAAACAACUGCUGUGAACCCAACAAAAGGCGGAAAUGAUAGCAUGUACUUUUAUCCCGGUAAGGUAUGGCUGGACACUGAUGGAAAUGCCAUUCAAGCCCAUGGUGGUGGGAUUCUGUAUGAUCACAAUACCGCGACAUACUAUUGGUACGGAGAAAACAAAGAUGGACCAACCUAUCAAAUUCACCCUGAAGGGGCACAACGGAUAGACAUUAUAGGGGUAAGCUGCUACUCGUCAAAGGACCUAUGGUCAUGGACCCACGAAGGAAUCGUGCUUCCCGGAGAGCGUACUAAUAUCACACACGACCUUCAUAUAUCAAAGGUUCUUGAGAGGCCUAAGGUGAUAUAUAAUGACCGUACCCGGCAGUAUGUCAUGUGGAUGCACAUCGACGACGGCAACUACACUAAAGCAUCUGUCGGUGUGGCCGUCAGCAGAUCUCCCACAGGGCCUUUCAGUUACCUCUACAGUUUCCGGCCACAUGGAUUUGAUAGCAGGGACAUGACCAUCUUCAAAGACGACGACGGCAUGGCUUACAUCUUCUAUGCCACUCGCGGCAACACCGAGCUUCAUGUCAGUCCAUUGACAACGGAUUAUCUCAACGUCACAUCGGCGAUGAGGAGAAUAUUGGUAAGGCGGUUCAGGGAGGCUCCGGCCGUGUUCAAGCUCAGAGGAACCUACUACAUGAUCACCUCACGGUGCUCAGGCUGGGCUCCGAACCCAGCACUGGCACAUGCCACGCACAGGAUCAUGGGGCCAUGGGAGACGCUAGGGAACCCAUGCGUCGGAGGCAACCACUUCCUCCGGCUGACAACGUUCCUGUCUCAGAGCACGUUCGUGCUCCCGCUCCCUGGCUUGCCUGGCACAUUCAUCUUCAUGGCAGACAGGUGGAACCCGUCGGAUCUGCGCGACUCCCGGUAUGUCUGGCUGCCAUUGUCGAUCGGAGGUUUGGCGGAUGAGGCGUUGGAUUACAGCUUCGGGUUCCCGUCGUGGUCGAGGGUGUCGAUUUAUUGGCACAGGAAAUGGCGCCUCCCUGAAGGUUGGGGGAAGAGGCAUACUGCUACCUGAAUGCCUUUUUAGGCAAGAAGAAGAGAAGAGCAGUCUGAAAAGUAGAUAUACGAAUAUACGAUGGAAUCGGGUCAUGAAAUUUGAGAUCUGUGUUGGAGCUUUGCCGCGGCGGAACAUCCAAACACGGUCCAGUUGGGCCGUGUUGGGAAAUGAUUUUUUCCGGCAAACAAGCCGUGUUUUGUUGCCAGGUUGGGCUCUUUUA